AUGGGGGAGGAGCGGCCGCUGACCCUGCGAGGCCCGGACCUAGCCGUAGGCGGAUCGGGAUUGAAACCCACGGCCCAGGCGUUGGCAACACACCCCAAGAAGCAGCGCCAGUGCUACCUGCUUGGAUUCCCGAAGGACCGCCGCGUUGUAAAGCGCUUGUCGGUGCCACACAACAGCUCGGGGGCCGUAGGGUUUGAGGAAAGCCCCGGGGUCCCUGGUCCGUGGCCUCCGCCCUGCCCCGUGACGCGCGCGGAGGCCGGGUGGCAGGCGGCCGUCCCCAACUGCGGGUGCGCGUCCCCGCGCGCGUGUGUUUGCUUUGCAGAGCCAGCCUUUGGGGAGGUGAACCAGCUGGGAGGAGUGUUCGUGAACGGGAGGCCGCUGCCCAACGCCAUCCGGCUUCGCAUCGUGGAACUGGCCCAACUGGGCAUCAGACCGUGUGACAUCAGCCGCCAGCUACGGGUCUCUCACGGCUGCGUCAGCAAGAUCCUGGCGCGCUACAACGAGACAGGCUCGAUCUUGCCCGGAGCCAUCGGGGGCAGCAAGCCUCGGGUCACCACCCCUACGGUGGUGAAGCACAUCCGGACCUACAAGCAGAGGGACCCCGGCAUCUUCGCCUGGGAGAUCCGGGACCGCCUCCUGGCCGACGGCGUGUGUGACAAGUACAACGUGCCCUCCGUGAGCUCCAUCAGCCGCAUCCUGCGCAACAAGAUCGGCAACUUGGCCCAACAGGGCCAUUACGACUCGUACAAGCAGCACCAGCCCGCUCCGCAGCCGGCGCUGCCCUAUAACCACAUCUACUCCUACCCCAGCCCCAUCACGGCGGCCGCCGCUAAGGUGCCCACGCCGCCCGGGGUCCCCGCCAUCCCCGGCUCGGUGGCCAUGCCGCGCACCUGGCCCUCCUCCCACUCCGUUACCGACAUCCUGGGAAUUCGCUCCAUCACCGACCAAGGAGUGAGCGACAGCUCGCCGUACCACAGCCCCAAGGUGGAGGAGUGGAGCAGCCUGGGCCGAGGCACCUUCCCCGCCGCCGCCCCGCACGCGGUCAACGGGCUGGAGAAGGGAGCGCUGGAGCAGGACGCCAAGUACGGCCAGGCACCAAAUGGUCUCCCAGCUGUGAGCAGUUUCGUGUCAGCAUCCAGCAUGGCUCCUUAUCCCACCCCGGCCCAAGUGUCGCCUUACAUGACCUACAGUGCUGCUCCUUCUGGUUAUGUUGCUGGACAUGGAUGGCAGCAUGCCAGUGGCACCCCACUUUCCCCCCACAACUGUGACAUUCCCGCGUCGCUGGCAUUCAAGGGAAUGCAGGCAGCCAGAGAAGGUAGUCACUCCGUCACAGCUUCCGCACUCUGA